ACAACAAACAAAGAUAAAGAUAAUAAUAAUAAGAGGACAACACUAUCAGCAGAUCUAUUGUUAUUUGAUGAUGAUAUAGAUAAUGAAGAUAAACAGAAACAAAAGAAGAUGAAACAAUCAAACAACAAUGAUUCAGGUGAUCAUUACUCAACAACAAACAACGGUAGUCACAAGAAUGGUACAUCGACAACAAGUACUACAGGAUUGAAGGGUUCAGGUGGUCUAUUCGAUGAUGUUGAUAUAUUCGAUACAUUGGCAAACAACUCUCAGACACAGAUAUACGAGAUGGACGAUGAAGAGUACAUCAAGGCAACACAAAAGUCAUCGAUAUCACUGAUACCAGAGAGAGACGAUGAGAAAUACAAGGACGUGUGGAACUCAGAGUACGUUAAGUUGCCAUGCUCAAAGAACAAUGUCUACCGAUCGCUUGACUCCAACGACAGUCGGUAUCUGAGCAAAUGGUAUUUGAUCAAUACGAUUCUAAUGGAGCCCAUCAAGAACCCCGAGGAGCUCGAGGCUGCUAUCAAGGCCAUCAACCCACGCUGUGCCUGGGACUUCCAAGGCCUGUUGGACUUCUUUGAGACGGAGCUCACCGAGACAGAGGUCAGUGAGUUCUUCACAAAGACCCUGCCCCUCAUUGUACAUCGCGCUCUUCAGCUGCCUGAGCUGUGUCCUCGUCCCAUCCCCCUGCUCGAUCAAUCAGUGGACAAGGAGAUCAUCCUGUCCCAGCGCCAGAUCUCAUCGCUCCUGGCCAACGCAUUCCUCUGCACAUUCCCACGUCAAGGCAGUGGAACUGGACGUUACAGCCGCUUCCCCUCUGCCAACUUCCACUCACUCUACUCUGCUCCCUGCACUCCAUCACGUGCCGCCAAGCUCAAAUGUAUUCUAAACUAUUUCAAACGAGUUGCAUCAGAUAAGCUAUCUGGUUGUGUAUCCUUUCACAGACAGGUCAUUGGAGAGAAUGAGAUACCAGAUUGGGAGAAGAGUGAAUGUCUCCUUCACGAACUUGUUAUAUUCAAGGAAGGAACAAUCGAGGACAAUGGUGCCGACUACCUUCAGGUGGACUUUGCCAACAAGAUGAUUGGAGGUGGUGCUUUGGGUCAUGGAUGUGUACAAGAGGAAAUUAGAUUUAUGAUCAAUCCAGAACUGAUCGUAUCGAGAUUGUUCACUGCACAGAUGACAGACAAUGAGGCUGUGCUCAUUGUAGGUACGGAGAGGUUCUCCAACUACACUGGCUAUGGAGAUACAUUCACCUUCUCUGGCAAUCACAUCGACUCAACUCCCAAGGACAGCCAAAACAGAAUCAUGACGUCAGUAGUGGCAAUCGACGCCAUCAAGCUCAUGGGUGAUCCAUUCCAACAGUACUCUCCAAACUAUUUCGAUCGUGAGUUGAUGAAGUCAUACUGUGGAUUCUUGGACAGGUACUCAAAGACGAUCCCGUCUCCAGUGGGCACAGGUAACUGGGGAUGCGGUGUGUUUGGUGGCGACAAGCAUCUAAAGAGUCUGGUGCAAUGGAUGUCUACGUCACAAUGUGGAAGAAGCAUGGCCUACUUCUCAUAUGGCGAUGAGACCUUUUUCAACGAACUCACCAACAUUGUCGGCAUCCUCCAACAGAGCAAGGCAACAGUUGGAGAGAUAUACAAGUCCCUGUGGCACUAWUUACAAGUUGGUCAAGGAGACCAAGUCCCAAAUGCCCCUGUUCAAGUAUCUGGAAGCACACUUUGGCUAAAGAUGGGUCACCAUCAUCGGCCAUUCGCCAGUCAGCCAGCAUGUGAACAUCCAUUCCUAUCACCCGCCAUAUCCCCUUACCUUAUCAACAGCCAGCCAACCAACAUGUUGUAA